AUGGCUUCCAUGCUUUCUUUCACUCGUCAAAACUUCGAAACUUGGUAUGGAGUAUCCUUCAAAACCAUCGCUGGAGAAUCACGGUCCGUCACUGAGGAAAUGACAGCGCCAUGGUCGGAGACAACAUUACCAACCAUUCUCUCCCGCUAUCCUCUGGAAGACAUUUUUAACGCCGACGAAUUUGGGCUUUUCUUUCAAUGCCUUCCCAGUAAAACUUUGCACAUGAAAGGUGAUAAGUGUUCUGGAGGAAAACACAGCAAAGUUAGACUUACUGGUUUAGCUGCUGGUAAUGCCUUGGGGGAACGAUUGCCAAUGUUUGUAAUUGGCAAGUCCGCCAACCCUCGUUGCUUUAAAGGUGUCAAAACACUACCCUGUCGAUACCGUUCGCAAAAGAAGAGUUGGAUGUCUGGAGAGCUGUUCGAAGAGUGGGUACGCGAGCUUGAUCGAAAAUUCUCUGUCUCUAAGCGAAAAAUUGCUUUGAUUAUUGACAAUUGUACCGCACAUCCUCAUGUUGAAAACCUGGAAUGGGUAGAAUUGAUCUUUCUUCCUCCAAAUACCACGUCCCUAACCCAACCUAUGGACCAAGGAAUUAUCCGCGCCCUGAAAGCAAAAUAUCGAUCGCUAGCAGUGCGGAAAUUGAUAAAAGCCUUGGACGAGGAAAAAUCGACUCCGAAGUUCUCGAUUCUUGGAGCUAUGUACAUGCUAAGGAAAGCAUGGGAUGAUGUUUCCAACAAAACAUUCACCAAUUGCUUUCGAAAAUCAGGAAUUUCCCAAAAGGAUGCAGAAAGAGCGAUCAACGAAGAUGACGACCCUUUUAAAAGUUUAACCAGCGAAGUAGAAGAAGACCCAAUUCCAACCCUCGAUGCUGAACUCUCUUACAUAAAACGAAGGUUUCCUGACCACAUUGAUCCUGACUUAUCAACUGAAGAUUUCAUUGAUUUUGACAUUGAAGUCAGUACAUCCCAUGGGCGUCUGAAGACUGCUGACAUCAUUGCUGAGAUCACUGGGACUCAAGACGAAGAAUUAGAAGAGGUCGACGAAGAAGACAAGGAGGAAGAAGAUAAGAUCACAAGACCGACGGCCGAGCAAGUGCGUACAGCUAUCAACGUCUUCGAAGACUUGAGUAUUUUUUCACAUUUUGAAGAAGAAAUGAUAGCUUCCCUGAGGGACUUGAAUCGUAAUAUCGCCAAAGAUUUUGAUAUGAGUUCUGGAAAGAAAAAAAAUGACAUGAUGUUUAUUUAUAAACACGGGUACAAACCGCAGGCUUCGGUUGUAAAAACGACUGAAAUGAACGAGGUAGUCAAAGCGCUUGUUUGCAAAACUGUUUUGUUUGGAAGAAAAAAAAGAAGAGGAAUUUGGAAAAGCUUGUAA